UGUCUUUGUAGAAUGUUGGUGUCGCUAAGCUAUUGAUUAACGGCUUUUACAACCUGUAUUGUAGAAAUACGAAUUCAUACACGUGAACAGAAUAUCAGAAGAUUUCGUAUUUCGUUCGCCUAGUCGUUUUGGUAGCUGUGUUUUGACGGUGAAAAUUUCUGUUUUUUGAUAAACAACUUGGGUUCUGUUUCUUCUGAUCGAAGGACUUCAGAACGCAAACAUUUCAAGUAACUCAUAGCUAAACAAGUAAAUCCCUUACUUUGAAUUGGUGUUUGCUUUGAUAUUACGAAAAAUAUUCCUUGCAUGUUUCGUAUGCAAAACAAUCGGUUUCAUUCUGACAAGAUAAACCAAGCUAAUGAUUUGAAUGAGUUUCCUCAAAAGUUUCACGAGGCAUUUCACUCUUGAAUUCUACGAAAUCUUUUCCCACUGUUUUCAAAAGCCGAUCACACAUGUCUGUUCGAGGCACGUUAAUGAUGUCGGAAAAAAAUUUUCAGAUCGAAGAUCUAAAUUUCCUGCCUGCUUGGUUGGGAUUCGGACAUUCGCGUCAUAUUUUUGUUUACUGAUAUUGGCUCUAGUUGGUUUGAAGGUUUUCUUUCAGACUAUGCUUUCCUUAGAUUUGUUGGAAAUAUUUCUCUUUGUAUUGGUAUUAUAUAUGCAAAUGUUCGUCUCUCUUGAGUUUCAGAGAUACCGCAAAACCAAUAUAAGGGCAACAAACGAUGUCAAUCGUGAAUUCUCGUAAUAGAUUUGUUCGUCAAGCUGUCCGGUCUAAAUAAACCCAGGGGGUGAUUUUUAAGCCACGUUCCGUUGCCAUUGCUCAAAGGCUAUCAGACAGCAAUUAUUUACUCUUAUAGCUACAAUACUUCAAACGUCCCCCCCCCCGCCCCAGGUAAUCAAGUACUAAUUGCGACAGAACUCGCAAAUUGCGAAGAAUUUAAAACGACUUGGGUUAGAUAAAUCAUUUUCCGGCCGAGAAAACGCAAACAGAAAGAAAUCAUAAAGCGAAACCGUUUGCGUUACUGCCUCACCCAAACAAAACAUUUGACCCUUCAACAUUCCUGCCCCAAUUAGGCUGGUGUCGAGAUUAAACGUGGUGAUAUGACCAUAACGCGAAUUCUUUUGUUGCAAAACGAAAAGCUAUAUUACUUUAAAUUAAUUUGUUAGAUCUCUCAAUUGUUUGAUUGGUUCAUCGUUAAUUUUUUGUUAACAUAUGAGUUUAGUGCGUUCUUAGUUUUCAUUGGAAAAGUAAAGUCGUGAUUUCCUGUGGGGCAAAUUUUGCUCACACAAACAGCAAUAAAUAAUCUUACACUAAACAACCAUAGGCACAGCAAACGCCACGUUUAAAAUCUUUCGUCGUUUAUGAUUGCAUGUUGUAUACAUGCUAUCGAACGAGAAGUUUCUAUGAAACUAAAAGCGGAACCAUAGAACCGAACAAAGAUUAUUUUGUGUUCAAAUCCCUCCCCAUUGUGACCUUUGUUACCAAAACACUUUUGUUGUUCCAUCUUUGGGCUCCACCUUGAUAGUCCUGAUUGCGUAUAUAACAUCGGAGGUACUUUUAAAGCUUUUUAAUGUCAGGGAAUCUUUUUAAACCGUGAAACAAGGAGAAAGUUUUCCAGAGAAAUCGAAACAGCCAAACCGUCAAACAAAAAACCAACGCUAGAAAUUUAGUCGGAAAAAUAUGGGUUUUAGAUUGGUUAAAUCGUCGUUCGUUUUUCAAUGUUACGUCUACGAGAAUAAUCAGCUUUAGAUGAAAGAUUCUUACAUGUAAUGAAACAGAGCUCAUCAUUCAUUUCGCGGAAGAAGAAAAAUUCUUUGCUUUUGUUCUGAACGAUUCUUUCUUCCUGUACGUGGUCGACGCGGGAAAUAUCGUCAUGGCAACUGAUGAUUUGACUGACAAGUUUGAAAACCGGUAAACCCGUGGGAGGGUCAGAAGGACAAGUGUUUGUCACCGCGUCAGAAAAAUAUCUCGUACGGAACGGAAUCGUUUGAGUUUUUCGGCACUUUAAUCUGACUUUUUGGUUGCCCUUUUGAACAUAACAUCGUUCAAAGAAGCAACCUAAAAGCGCUGGCUUUGGUUUGCUCGUAAAAGUGCGCCAUUUUAUCAACGUGAACUAGUUUCGACGAUGGCGUUUCGCGGACGCGACUACAACGAAGACUCCGCUGCAAGCCUUCUUCGUUCAGUACGACAACAGGAAGCCCACUUUGAGCUGCUUUCUCGAGAACUGGAGCAAGAGCGUCGAAACGUUGCACACCAGUUAGAAAAGUGCAAAUAUGGCUCGGAGACGGCAAGUGUGAGCUCCAUGGGAAGCUCUACAGACGAUUCCUUUGUGUGGCGUGGAAAUGAAGGUCCAGGAAGUAUUGGCGAUGAGCAGGAUCUCUCAGACAACGAGAGCCAGCUUAGUGGAUCAGCUCUAGUUGAUUCAUGCUUGAAAGUUCUUCAGGAAAGAGGCCUCUCUGAUUCAAGGGAUGAUCAGGACCCUCUGUAUGACAGGAGAAUGGAUCGUGGAAAUACUGCCGCAGCACCUGGAUCACAUUCUAAUGCACUUAUGAACCAAGACUGGGAAAAAGAUCUCAUGGAGGCUGAUCUUACUCCAGGACAGACAGUUAAGAAAGUUGUCACCCGGACAGAAGUUCACACACUACGUACUGUGGAUGGAAAGGUUGUACAAGAUACAUAUGAUCCUGGCAGUGCUCAGACUACAGUAGAGCGAUAUACGUUUGACAACCAAGCUGUGAAUGGAAACACGCCUACGCCAAUAACAAAGCAGUAUGUUCCGGGUGAUGAGUACCGGUCAGCUGGACGGCGUGGCCCUGGAUCGCAUUCUUCUGUUGAGGAUUACCGAAGACCUUACAGUCCAGGAAGCCAAACUGGUUAUGGUUCAGGUGAUGGCAGGCGGACACCCACUGCUAACAAUCCACCUGGGAACUUGUCAGAUGGCUACCAGACACCAACAGGUUCACGGCACUCGUCUCAGUCUAGUUCAGUCAGUGCUAAACCUUAUGGACUGGCCAGUCAGUCGUUACCACGUAGUACAUCUUCCACACCCAGGGGAUCAUCAUCAACUACUAUACCACGGACAUCAAGUGCAUCUGGACGACAAAGCACCACAUACAAUCUUAGUAUAAAAGUGGGUGAUGUCAAGGGCUCUGGGACUGAUGGCAAUGUUUACAUUCAGUUGUUUGGUGAGCGAGGCAAUACAGCAAAGAUACAACUGAGACAAGCAGGAGACACAAGGAACAAGUUUGAGAAAGGAAGGACUUAUAAGUUUACUGUGGAUACUGUGGACAUUGGCAAGGUUGACAGAAUUAAACUGAGUCAUGACCACACUGGAUAUGGAUCGGGCUUCUUUGUGGAGGAGGUUGAGGUUGAGGUCCCAGCAAGGCAUGAUAGAGUCAAGUUUCCCUGUCGAUGUUGGCUAGCGCAGGAUGUUGACGAUGGUAAAAUUGAGAGGGAAAUGUUUGCAGUCACUCCUUUGCCAAAUACCUCCUACACAAUGUCAGUUAAACUUGGUGAUGUUCUUAGUCCUGACACCAAUCUGUAUGUUCAGUUGUUUGGUGAAAAAGGAGAAACCAGUAAAAUUAUGCUGCGACCUGUGGGUUCUUCACUCAACAAGUUUGAGAAAGGCAGAACUUACAAGUUCACUGUAGAGACUGUGAACAUUGGAAAGAUUGAAAGACUACGCAUUGGCCAUGACAGCAAAGGAGAUGGGAAGGGCAUCUUUGUGGAAGAGGUGGAAGUAGCCCCUGCUGAUGGGGACCGCGCCAUCUUUCCAUGCUACUGCUGGCUGACGGAGGGUAAAGGAGACAAGAAAAUAGAGAGAGAUGUGCUCCCUGGACAGCCAAGACCACCACGCCCAAACACAUCUUAUCACUUAGCAGUCAAGACAGGCGAGAUGGCUCUAGCAGGCACCGAUGCUAACGUGUUUUUCCAGCUUAUUGGCGAUGAAGGGGACACAGGGAAGAUUCAGCUGCGUCAAGGCGGCAAAGCAGAAAAGAGAUUUGAGAAAGGACGAGUGGACAAGUUUAUUGUAGAAACUGUGGAUGUCGGAAAGGUUCAGAAGUUGCGUAUUGGUCAUGAUAACAAUGGCUCGGCUCCAGGAUGGUUCCUGGAGGAAGUCGCUGUGGACGUGCCAGCUCACAGUGAACAUUUUGUGUUUCCUUGUCAUCGAUGGCUGGCCAAGAAUGAAGACGAUGGUAAAAUAGAGAGAGAUCUAGUUCCAGGCGUUUCUGUGCCAUCUGGUACGACCUCUCCCAGCAAGACCACCAUCACAACAAGCAUUGAAAGGACAUCCACCAGCGAGAACUUCAAAGUUCCUCCUCCAGUAGCGAAGAAACCUCAAACAGAAGAACCAAGGUACAGCACACCCACAAAGAAGGUGAUCACAGAGGAAUUCAGGUAUCAAACAACGCCGCCCUCUCAAAAGACAGUCAUAGAGGAGGUGCGUUACUCCACUACUCCUACUAAGAGAACAGUGAUUGAAGAGGAGUAUAGAUACACCACCCCAAGAAAGGAGGUAGCUCCUACACCUCCCCAGAGAAAAACCAUUGAAGAGAGAAUGGUCACAAGAGAGAUGACCCCUCCUGUGCAAGCAGCCCCACCCUCUGAGCCACUAGAACCAAAACAGCGCAUCACACAAGAAGAACUGGCCAUUGAAGAGGUACGGAAACAGGGGGGAACCCCCGCUGGGGCUUACUUUAGACCAACCCCCAAGAAUGAGUAUCGAUAUGAGGAAGAAAUGUUGCCUCCACCAGACGAAUAUCAUUUUGAGGAGAAGAGAACAGAGAUGGUAACUGUGCCUCCAGAGGCAAUGGACAGCAGAAAAAUUGUUGCGUACCAGUUGUGUCUAAAAAUGGGAGAUGUACUCGGAGAUGGAACAGAAGGAAAUGUGUUCAUACAGCUGUUUGGUGAUAAAGGUAUGACCGAACAGAUAAAACUACGGCAAGCUGGAAAUUCAGGGAUACGCUUUGAGAAAGGAAGAACCUACAAGUUCACUGUUGAAACUAUUGACAUUGGAAAGAUUGAAAAAGUGAGUGUUAGCCAUGACGGUCUGCAGCCCACUGCUGGAUGGUACCUGGAGGAGGUCACUGUUGAUGUGCCGUCACGUGGUGACCACACCGUGUUCCCCUCGCACUGUUGGUUAGCCUCAAGUCAGGGUGACGGAAAAGUCGUCAGAGAUUUUGUAUCGGGGCCUUGUCUUUAUCACCUGGCCAUUAAGACAGGUGACGAGAAGAAUGCUGGUUCAGAUGCCAAUGUCUGGGUACAGGUGUACGGUGAUAAGGGUGACACGGGUCAUGUGCAGCUCAAGAAAUCAGGCAUGAUGGAGAACUUGUUUGAACGAGGCCAGACCGAUUACUUUACUUUGGAGGCUGGUGAUGUUGGCAAGAUAGAGAAGCUUCGUGUCGGCCAUGAUGGGCAUGGUCCCGCGUCAGACUGGUAUGUUGAGGAGGUGAUAUUGAACAGUGCUGUCAGGGGGGAGCAUCUCAUCUUCCCGUGCCACGCCUGGGUGGCAGAGGAACAGGGUGUGGGAUAUGCAGACAAGGAGCUGUAUCCCAAACAACCUGUUUCUGAUUACAGUGUGAGGAUUAAGACAGGGAACAUCAAGAACGCGGGAACAGAUUCUAACAUCUACUUGCAAGUGUUCGGUGACAAAGGUGACACUGGAGUCAUUGAAUUAAAACAAAUUUGCGACACCAAAGACAAGUUUCAACGAGGAAUGAACACCAAGAUCAACUUACAAACUGUUGAUGUUGGAAAUCUUGAGAAGGUGCGUAUCGGCCAUGAUGGGCGUGGCCUAGGGACAGGGUGGUACUUGGAAGAGGUGGUGAUCAUUAUUCAUGACGAGUGCUGGAUCUUUCCUUGUAAUCGCUGGCUGGCUGAUUACGAAGACGAUGGCAAAACCGAGAGAGAUCUGUAUGCAGAGAGAAAGACGUACGCACACGAACCUGAUUUACAGGACUUGAUCGAAUACUUACAAUCUGAUGACGUCACACUCAUCGUGAACUCUGCCAAUUACCUGCAGCAUCUCUCCUACAGCGAUGAACAAGUCAAGGUCAAAGUGCGUGAGCUCGGUGGAAUUCCAAUCUUAGUUCGCUUGCUUGAUCACGAACUAGAGGAGGUUCAUCGGGCUGCCGCGGCCAGUCUGAGGAAUUUAUCGUACAGUAAAUCAAGGGACGAGAACAAGUUGGCUAUUGCGGAGUGUUAUGGCAUUGAAGCUUUGAUACGACUGCUAAAAAGAACGAGAAGGGACGAGGUGAAGGAAGUAGUGUUAGGUGUAUUAUGGAACCUGUCUUCUUGUGAAGAUCUUAAACUGCGCAUCCUCGAAAUCUGUCUGAUAGUGAUGGUGACUAUUAUAAUCAUCCCGUACUCGGGCUGGAGCAGGGCAGCUGCUAACGGCACUGCUCCUCUGCCUGCAAUAAAAUGGACCACGGUGUUCCGUAAUGCCAGCGGUGUGCUCAGAAACGUGUCCUCGGCUGGGCCCGAGGCGCGGCGAGUAAUGAGGGACUGCGAUGGGCUUGUGGACUCGUUUGUGUGGAUCAUUAAGGCGCCUCUUGGCAAGAAUGAUAUCGAUAAUAAGUGUGUAGAAAAUUCCGUCUGUAUUCUUCGCAACUUGUCGUACCGACUCGAAAACGAAGUCGACCGAGGAAGAUACAGAGACGCUCCUUUACCAGUCCCUCCCGGCAAAGAGCCCGAGAAACACGACCCGGGCUGCAUGGCGGGAUGCGGGACGGGAGCGAAGAAGAAUAAGAAAAAGAAAGGAAUGAGUAGAGAAACGGAGGAACUGCCAUUGAAGAAAGAACCCGUGGAAGGAGUGGAGUUGCUAUGGCAACCAGAGAUAGCCAAGUCCUAUCUGUCAAUCAUGGCGGAAUCGGCCAAUCCCGAGACGUUAGAAGGAUCAGCGGGUGCCAUUCACAAUCUAACAGCGUGCGGCUGGAGGUGGUCACAGAUUAUGCGUUCUGCAGUGCGGAAAGAGAAAGGUCUUCCCAUAUUGGUGGAACUCUUGCGAAUGAAUCAUGACCCUGUAGUACGAGCUGUGUCUACAGCGCUGAGAAAUCUUGCAAUUGACCCGAGAAACAAGGAUCUUAUAGGUAAAUACGCUGUGAAGGAUCUGGUUCACCGUCUUCCGGAUCCUAACUCGCCCAGUGACAGAGCAGAAGAGAAUACAAUAGGUGCAAUCCUGUGCGCAAUUCAUCAAGUUAUUAACAAGAGUGUAGAGAAUGGAAGACAUGUUCGUAACGCAGGUGGAAUUAAAAAGAUUGUGGUUAUUGCACAGUCACGUGAUAGAUACUCUCCUAAGAUUGUCAAGACAGCUAACCAGGUUUUGAUAACACUUUGGAAUCUGACACCUCUCCGAAAUUCAGUCAAGAAAGAGGGCUGGGAAUACACCAAAGAAAUAGCCGACGAAUACGGCCAUGCGCCACCAACGCCACGCCCUUAUGAGGAUAUAACAAUCCCUCGAGGGGUACAGCAAGCUCCGGCGUCUUCUGUCGGAAGGAAGGAACCUCGACCGGUACAUUCCGACGAGACGUCGCUUCCCGAAUUUCGAUACGAAACCCAAGCGAGAGGGCCCCCACCGAAGUUUUCUAAUGAUGGUUACGAAGCCGACGACGAUGCACGCCGACGAAGAGCGGCGAAUAGUGGUCGAGAAGAGAUGGAAAUGGAGGACAUAGGUGGUUAUCGGGAAAUCGAUCGUCCUCCGGAGAGAACCGGCGGCGUUGAGGUUUUACCGCCCGCUUACCCAGACGGUCAGCGGCCUCAAGAAGAACCAACAUACGCUCAAGUGGACAAGAGUAAAAAGAAAAUGUAUAAAUUACAAGGAACUGAAGGCCCAACAACAGACUCAUGGGUGUAAAGUAAUUUAAAACAAACGUCUGUUGGAUAUUCCGUGAGUCAAGCACAGACAGCCAUCCACAAGUGACCCUUUAUUUGGUGACGGUGUGCAAGGGCGUGCGCCAUCUUUGUGUUAAAAAAAUGGCGGAUUCUAUAUGCGGCUGGACGGAGCCGUGUUGCGACGGCAAGCAAGAUUCGAUGCCGAUUAAGUAAACAGCUUUUUUUUUUACAGACGUUUAGGAUUGAUAGGAUUUUAAUAAAUUUUCGUUCAGUGAUCGAACGAAAGCUGUGGAGAGUUCUGACACAAGGCGAGAAGAGGAGAAACUUUGAUUCUCAAAUUCAUUAAUGUGAACGUUUUAAUUCUAAAGUAGCUAUUGACCGUAUUGUUGUUAAAAAGUAAUUCUCGCGUAAUAGAGAUCAGAUGAUCAGUAGUUGAAAUUUAGCUGAAGGUAUGCAAUUGAUAUUUUUCCUUUCAUAAGAAAAGAAUUAAAAAACACGAAAUAGA